AUGUCUGACUCGCAAUACGGGUAUGCCACGUCUGUGCUCACGUCCAAGUCCCCACAAAGUGCCGCGGCUCUUGUAGAGGUGGCUUUGGGUGACACUAAAGGACCGGUUCUGGCAGGAAUGUUGGAGUUUUUUUCGAGUUAUUCUCAAAUAAUUCAGCGUCAUAAUCAAUCACUUACGAAUAUUUUGCAACAGGCCACCGGAGUUUUUCCACAAGGACCCAAUUCCGAGUAUGGCAACUUGCCCAAGGCAUGGAAUUCGCUUAUUUCGGCUUUGCAACAGGAUAUUCAUGCCAAUGAUGUGUAUUUCAAGAACCUCAAGUUAGACUGUAUUGGACCACUUCGCCAAUUGAACGACAAUGAAAUGGGAUACUCGGAGCUUCUUGUCAAUUCGCGCGAAUUGAACCUGGUGGCUGCGAAAUUAGCUUCGAAUUCAAGUGCAGAUGCCGAAUACCAAUGGAAUAUCAAGGCUCCUCAAACGUUUGAUAAUCUUGAAAAUUAUAAGCGUCACGAAAAACAACUUUUGUUUGAUACCGUGCUCAAUUUCUUCAACUCGACUAAUUCGCGCUACUCCAAGUCGGUGACCGCUAACGAAAAGGCAGUCAACCACUUGCUUGGUGAGUUUCGCAUCGACCGCGAGAUGGAAGACUACUUGCAAUUUUUGCUCAAAAGAAACGUAGAUGCCAAGAUUGUUGGUGGCCCUGGAGCAGCAACCACGUCUCCUCAUAAGAAACGGCUUUCUAGCUUUCCUCGGCAUCCAGACCAAACUUCUCUCUACUCUGCUGGCACAUCUUCUUCCACACCCACUGCUGCUUCUUCCAAGAAGAAACCAUCCAAAUUGAAGUCCAAAGUAGGAUCGAUCUUUGGACGUAAAAACAAACGAAAUUCCAAGGCCAAUGCGUUCAGCGACGAGGCAAUUGCCGAGUCAGAGUCUGCGUCGUCCACUCCUCGUCUCACGAGCAAAUCAACCGAAUCUUUCAACAGGUUGAAUAGUGUCUCGGGCCACCAGUCUCAGCCCCCACAGUCCCAAUUGCAGUCUCAACCACAGCCUCAAUUACAGCCUCAAUUACAGCCUCAAGUUAAAUCGGCUCAACCACAGCCUCAUAAUUCGGCUCAACCAUCCUCUCAGCCAUUGCAGCCCACCUCUCAAUCUGGUCCUGGGAGUUACUAUGCUACAUCGCUUGCGGGAGAGUCUCUGAAUGCCACCCCACCAGCAUUCCAGUCCAACACCCAGUCUAGUCUUGGUCCUUCAGCUCCACGCUCUGGGUUUGAAGACGACAGUCUGUCGCCCAACAUAGUCAAGUACAACGAUGACACAAGCUCCUCUUCGUCGUCGGUGGACCACGGUCAUGAACUCUCGAUGCUCAAGAAGCACGAUUUGAACUCUCCUGUCAAUCCUAUGGCUCCUUCUGACAAUAUCGAUCCAGCACCAUCGCUGUCUAAUUUACAAGAACUGAACACUGCAAGCACCGGAUUAUCUUUGCAGCCUCCUACCCAAUCGCUGGAAUUGUUGGAUGUUGCUAGAUCUCGCCAAAGUAGCGGCGGUAAGUACAGCUUUGAGGAAGGUGACGACAAAAACCCGGUGGCUACCUCUCCUCGGUUUAACAGAAAUGAGGAAACGAUUCCCGGAACUUUUGACCAAAGUCCAGAAUAUAACAAGGCCCAAACUCGUCUUCCUGAACCUGAUUUGGAAUCUCCAAAGAAAAAUAGCUCCGCUUUUCCAAGCGCCAUUACCGGUGCUGCUGCUGCUUUGGGUGCUGGUGUCGCCGCAACUGCUUCUACUGCAGCUGCCUACGGUGCUAUCGAUAAAAAGACGUCUUAUGAAGAUAAACAGGUGCCUCCACCUCCUCCUCCACCUUCGAGAAAAGUACUUCAUCAUCCUAGCACCGACUCUCCUCCAGUGCCUUCAUCUUUAGAUAAACCUAAAGCAAGAAGAGACGUGAACUCGCAAAUGUUUCAUAAUCUCCCUGGAGCCCGUGAGUCGUUUGCUCCACCUUCGACUUUAAUCAGCCAAGAUACAGGCAAUUCCAUGCUCAGAAAGAAUGAUUACUUCAAACAUUUUGAAUCCGGUAGCUUUGUGGAGUCGUCAGGUUUGAACGCAUCUAUUGCAGAAGUUAUUAAUGUAUCGUUCAAAGACGAAACGAUCUCUACUUCACAGGUUGUUGGCGAGAUUGCAUUUGUCUACAACGGACAUGAAGGAGCCAAUUCUCCUAUCAAUGUUCAAAUACCUGCUGCUUUCAAUAAAGUAUUGGAAAAUAAUACUUUUGUCAAAAAAAUCGAAGGUGAUGCAUUUCAAAUAGACCCUUCAAAGAUUCUCUCUCGCACAUUGGGAGGCUUGAAGUAUAUGAUUCAAUUGAAUGAGUCUCAAGUGCCAAUUAUCAUGCAACAAGUGUGGAAAUUUGAAGACCACCAGGCAAGUCUUAUGAUCAACUUGAAACUCAACCCUGCUUACUCCGACUCUUUGAGACUCGACAAUUUCGUUGUUUCUGUGGCUUUAGAUCCUUCGGUGCAAUCGACUUCUGCAUCUUCAAGACCUCAAGGCUCAUUCAGCAAAGAAAAGAAUAGAAUAACAUGGAGAUAUCCAUCGCCUUUUGUGUUAUAUUCUGAAGAGAAAUUGAUUGCUAGAUUUCUCACAAAUGGUAAGGGUAGUGAACAUGAGUCUGGGGUUCAGCUAAAAUUCUCGAUAAUAGAUCCACCAGUUGCCUUGGCUACUAUUUACACUUCUGAGGGCCAUGUGUUACCUUCGGCUCGUCACUUGGUUUCGGGAGCUUAUAGUAGCCACAGCUAG